AUGCAGAUCAAAAACAGUCCAGGACUGGACAAGAUUUCUAAAAUAUGUGAAGCUGUUAACAGCCAUGAUGUUUUGAAGCUGUCAGAAGCAGAACAACAAAUGAAGGAAGAACUGGAAAAUAGAUUGUUAGAAAAAGAAGCUACACUGCUUGAACAGUUGCAGGUGCAGAAAGAAGGAUUAAUUGAAGAAAAGGAGAAAGUAGAACAAAGUUUGCGCGUAGCUAUGGAAAAAGCUUUGGAAGAAAAAAAUAAAACUUUACAAGAAGAACUAAUAAAGCAAAAAGAGAAACUAGAAACAGUCAUUUUAAAGAAAGAAACUGAACAAAAAAUGUUAGAAGCACAAUUAAAUGAAGUGAAAGAAGAAAAAGACAAACAGACAGAGGCAGUGUUACAUGCGAAACAAGACAUUUUAACAAAUUUUGCUGAUUUAAUGGAAACUGAGUUACAGUGUAGUAUUUGUAAUGAACUUUUUGUACAGGCGACAUCACUGAAUUGUUCCCAUUCAUUCUGUGCAUUAUGUAUACAACAAUGGAUGAAAAUCAAGAAAGAAUGUGCUGUAUGUAGAGCUCCUGUAACAACAACAAUGAGGGCAAUAUCUCUAGAUAAUUACAUAGAUACUAUGGUUUCACACCUUAGUGAUGAGCUUAAGGAAAGAAGAAAACAGUUGGUGGAAAGCAGAAAAGUUGAACAACAAAAGUUUAAUGAAGAAAACAAACCAAAACCUCAAGCUCCUGCAGCACGAGGGCGUGGCCGAGGUGGAAGACGAGGGCGUGGUGCAAGAGGAGGAAGAGGUGGUGGGGCCAACAACCCAAUAGUUGUACCUGCUGCUAAUCCAUUAACCAAUGCUGCAGGUCAUCAUCCUAUAAUUGUUGAGGAUGAUUUAGAAAUAGAUGGCAUUGAAAUCACAAUAGGAGAUGACGAUGUAGUGGAGAAUAGUAAUCCAUAUGCUGAUUCUGAUGAAGAUUCUAUGGAGAAUUCUAAUUCAUCGGAUGAUUCAGAUUAUGUACGAGGGGAUGAGGAUGCUUAUAAUGGUGGUUAUGGAACUUGUUACAGAUGUGGUUCACGUGGUCAUUGGGCAAAUGGAUGUCCUUUUGGAUGAAAAAGUUGUACAAAACUAUAUGUGCUAUGAAGUUACCCAAAAGUGUUCAAGACUAAAAACUUCAUGCUCAGUAUUACCAAAUGUGUUCAUUAUUAACAUUACAUAUAUUUACAAUGUGAAAUGUUUACAGAUAGUUAUAUAGAUUUAUUUCCAAAUGAUUGUUAACAUGUGCCAAAACCAAGUUUCUUAGUAUAGUACAAAAAACUAGACAAAUACAUUUUACUCUUAUAUAAAUCCUUGUUUUAAAAAGUCCAAAAGGGAACAUACUUUACAUUAUUGUAUUAUUAAACCAAUUUUAAGACGUUUUGGCCAUUGGCCUUCUACAGUUUCUUUUAUUUUUCUUCUCAACUACAUGGCAUACAAUUUUUCUUUUCAAAAUCAUUUAGAUGUUAUCUUAUAUAAAGGUAUGAUUUAUUGGUAGUGCGAUUUACUAUGCAUUAGCACACAUAAGUAAUAAUAGAGUUAAUCUUCAAAUAGCUACUGGUUUUCUUUAUUUGUUGUUUUAUUUACAUUGGCAGUUGAUUGCAAUGCAAUCAAU